GGCCAGUACCCUCUCUUGGUCCAAACUAUUUCAAUUGCACUAGAAGCCCAUUUCAAAUAGAUACUGGUGAGGUCAAUGAACCUGAACUUGGUGUACCAAUAUAAUACAACUAUUAUUGUCAACGGUAUUUUGGAGACCAGCAGUGCCAAUUACUAAUCGAUUUGCGCAACAGGACAUUUUCGUGGGAAAUAAUGUCUAGGAGGAAAGUGCGGAAUCAACGCCCCGCCGAGAGCGAGGAGGACUCCGAUAUUGACAACCUGUUAGCCGCUCUGACACCCGCCGAGGUGGAAGAGCUGAAGAGCGAACUGACCGUUAUUGACCCGGAUCCAACUGUGCCAGUCGGGCUCCGGCAGAAGAACCAGACAGACAAGCAGCCGUCAAUAAAAUACAAUAGGGGGGCGAUGCUUGACUACUGUGAGCGCGAAACCAAGAAACUAAUUCAAAGGGAGCUGUCCUUUGAGGAGCCAACAACUGACAGAGUGAAACGGGAACGCCUGAAGAAGAUGGGGAAGAGCUGUGAUAGUUUCUUCUACUUCAAGUCAGAUGACCAGGAUGACCAGGAUGUCAUGGACCUAAACUUCUCUGCUGUGGAGACCCCUAAGGAGGACAUAUCCAAGGACAAAGAGGAAAAACCUCAGAGCAAAAACUUGAAGGGUGAGGGAGGGAGUGGAGAGGGUAAUGAGGAAAGACCACAUAGUAGGUCAGGAGGAGAUGAGGACAAAGACCAUGAAAAAAAGGAAGAUACGAUUGUUGAAAAAAGCAGUGAAGUACAGGUUGAAGAAAAGGAGAAAAAGGAGGAGUGCAUAAAAAAAGAGAAGGGUAGCAACAAAACACUUGACCUUAUCUCAAAAUUGCAAACAAAAAAAGAGGAUACAAAAGAAAAGGAGAAAAAAGAUAUCAGAAAAAAGACAGACUCUAAAACCAAGGGUCUGAUUUCAAAGCUUCAAGGGCAAGCUGAGAAAGACGAUACUAAGGAGAAAGAGAAGAAAGAGAAACCUCCACAAAUGAAGGAUAGCAAGAUAAGAGGAAUGUUCUCUAAAGUAGAGGAAAAACAGAAAGAACUCAGAGGUACUGAGAUUAAGGAAAAGAGGAAUAAUGAGAAGGACAAAGAGAGCGAAAACACCAAAUCACACAGGAAACCAAGUAGAGUCCAGGAUGAGACACAGAGAGACAGUCAAAAGAAGACAGAAAGGACUCCUAAUAAAUACAGUAAAGCCAGCAAUGUAAACCUAGAGAACAGUAGUAGGGAAGAACGCUCGGCUGGUGAAGUCAUGGAGGGAGACGAGGAGGACGAGGAGGCCAGCAUGUUUGAUGAGCUCCUUGAGCAUGUCAGAAAAGACGACCCUUUAAUGACUGAGCUCAAUGUCAACAACUCAGACGUCAUCAAGAACCACACCCUCAUCCAGUUUGCAGAGGCACUACAACACAACACACAUGUCAAGACGUUUGCUUUAGCCAACACCCGAGCUGACGACCACGUGGCUUAUGCCAUUGCUGGCACUCUGCGGAACAACACGUCUCUGACUAACGUCAUCCUUGACUCCAACCACCUCACUGGCAAGGGAAUUUUGGCCGUGGUACACGCCUUAGAUAAAAAUUUUACAGUCACUGAACUGCGCUUCCACAACCAGCGACACAUCUGUGGAGGCAAGACAGAGAUGGAAAUGGCCAAUGCAUUGAGAAACAACACCAGGUUGCUGAAGCUGGGCUACGUCUUUGAGCUGGCCGGCCCAAGAAUGACCAUGACCAACAUCCUGAGUCGGAACAUGGACCUGCAGCGGCAACGUCGACUGGAGGAGAAGAAACAGGCACAGCAGCAAGCCCAGCCAUCCCAGCAGCCUCAGCCAUUCCAGCCAUCACGUCAGACACCACAACCACAGACCAACACAAAAAAGAACACAUUGCCUUUGGGGAAGUUUUCUCGUGAACCUUCAACUCAACCCCAACCCAAGUCUGUUGGUGAGACUAACAGGACAGGAAACCUCCUGAAAACAUCCCCCUUUUUGUCCCCCCCUAAACCCUCACCUGAACCGUUCCACAAUGUGAGCCCCAAAGCUGGGGACAAAGCGAGCCCCAAGGCUGUGGGUAAGCUAAACCCUAAGGCUUGGGGUGGUAGGUCUGGACCAGGGUCUACAACACCUCCACCUAAGGCUGGGGAUGGUGUAUCUGGUCCUGGGUCUACACCACCUCCACCUCAGGCUCUUAAGGCUGGCCGAUCUGGACCAGCACCACCACCUCCUCCCCCUGCCCCAGUGUUAGAAGGCCUAAGGAAAGCCCUCAUGCCUGCCUCACAGAGGAAACUCAACAGGCAGACUUCACGCCAUGGAGAGAGGAACACUAGGGACCAGUUGCUGGACUCCAUUCGCAACAGCACAAUGAAAGCUCUAAAAAAGGUUGAUGUUCCAAAGCUGCUUCAGUAACGGGCGGGGAUGACAGCAAGAAGAGGUUGGACUUGAUACAGAAACAGAACAGCAUUUGUUUUACAGUAGUAGACCGGGGUGAAGCCCUGCCUCUGUUGUUGCUGCUGAGAUAUGGAGAGAUAUCUGAUCCAGUUUGUACUUCGAGCCAGAAGGUGGUUAUGGUGGUUUGUAAUCAUACAAGUGAAGCCACCUUAGGCUACAUUGCCUGCUGACUUCAGUCUCCCUCAGUUGAAUCUCUCCCUCCUGUUCUCCUGAGAUGCCCAUAUUUGGUCAUUGCAUUGAAGAUACAGUAUGACGUAAGAAUAACUCCUCUGUUCUUUUUAAUUACUGGAUGAUGGCCAGUUGGAUGUCCUGCUCUUUCAUGUGAGGCUUUGUCUGGCUAAGGGGUGGGGAGAAUGGGGGAGGUGCACGGCGGAAUGAGAAAAGUAAGAAGGGGAAGAACAACUGGAAGGAAAUGCUUACACAUUGCAAGUUGCCGUAUUUUCUUAUUUUCGACGGUUAUGUGGCCAUAAGCGCAAUGAACAAGGGCAUUUGUUUGAUGUUUAUUUAAAGACAAUUUUCCAGUGUCACUGUCAAAUUAUGUAAUUAAACAUUUAACCAAACACAUACUGUAGCUAGUAUUGAACACACAACUCGUAUAUGAAGUGCGUGUGGGUUCAUAAUCUGGUCAAUGUCUAAUAUAACAGCAGUCAAUCUCUGUUAGUUGUCCAUAGGGAUACCAGCUGCUUACAACAUGCAUGUAUGAGGCACUUCCCUAGAGCUGGCAGGUGACCCCUUGAACUUUGCAAGCAUUUCACUGUGAUGGAUUGUGUCCUGAGAGGGAAGGGAAUAUAUUUUGAGAAUGGUUAGUGCUAUCUGGGAUCCUUGGGACAUCCCGUCCCUACCCUAAAUCCUAACUCUAACCUUAACCUUUACCCUUAUCCUAACCCUAACCUUAACCCUUACCUUAAGCAUUUUAAAUUUCAACUUCAAUGGGGUAACGUCAAAGUUGGAAUAGCAAAGCUCCCGGAUAGCAAGGACCUUUUGAGAAGGUUUUGAGAAUGUUGUGUUUAGAAUUCACUCAUGAGGUGUACAUACUGUACCAUACAGAUGUUUUAUGUCAUGAAAAUAUACCAAUACAAUUCUGAAAUGUAUUUACAGAACCAAGCAAAAUAUAUUAAUAUGUCUGGUUUCAAGAAUGCAUCCGAUAGCUAAUAACCAGGUAAUUUAAUUCCUCCAGAUGAACAAUUGGGGAAUAUUCCGUCUGUUUUAGAUAUCUACAUCCGCCUCAUAAAGGCUUUUGAUUCAACAAAAGUAGCACCUGUCUGUAGCACUUCCUUCCUGAAAUGUUGCAAUCAGUUUAUAUUUUUCACAUCCUGUAGUAAGACAAAAACAGCUCUGAGCCACUGCAAAUGAUGCUGGUCAAUGGAGACUGAUAUGGUGACAGUCAGAGCAUUCGGGAGAAAAGGGGGUCUGUCCUCACGUGGUGAAAUUAUUUUACAAAUCAAAACAUGAAAAUCUAUCUGAGGUUUCUCCUUUACUUGCCAGGUGAGUUUUUAACACUCUGAUACAAUUGCAGACACUUUGUGUUGUUGUUGAUUUGUUGUUGUUGUUGAUUACAAUUGCAGAAAUAUUUUGUUGUUGUUGAUUAUUUUAUUUGUGAAAGAGAACACUGCAUACUGCAAAUUUUAUAGAAUAAACCCCUGCCAAACUAUUUUACGUUUUAAUUGUUUAUUUCAUGUUUCAACUAUUUGUUUUUAUAACGAUAAAAAAUAACAUUGUUUUUCUAUUUCUUCAAGUUUUAUGCUGUGAUGCAAAAAUGAGCAAAAUUGGAGCACAUGGAUAUGAAGGUGGAGCUUUAGACAUUGAGUGUUCAUAUCCAGAUGGAUAUCAAUA